AUGAGAGUUCCUGCUGAACAAGCUACUAGUACGGCAGCUGCCCCUUCCCCAACUCAUGGCACUACUGGUAGUAGUACUGUCUCUACCAAUGGUAGCCAGCCCAAGCCCAAGCCCAAGCACAGUAGUAGUAAGCCACUGAAGAGUGUGAAGAAGAGCAUGAAGCACGCAGCGUCGUUACUGAUUCCUUCGGACCAUGACUACCGUUGGGAAGAGUUGCAAGAGAUUGAGAAACGACGACGCGCGAUUUUGCAGAACGUGGAAGAACCAACGUGGAAAGUGUUGCUUCACUGGGACGGCACGGUGCUGCGCAUUCUAGCUUGGAAUCCACUGCUGUGGAUCACCAUGGCGACCUAUGUCUGCGUGCGGCUGUUUGCCAGGGAUCUCAUUCCAGAGUACAUGGGCCAAAUGACGUCGGAUAGUAUGACGGUGCUGGGCGGAUUCUUGUCCUUCUUUCUCGUCUUUUACGUCAAUCAGAACCACAAGCGCUUCUUUGGACUCUACAGCGAUAGCAUGGCGUGCAAGGGACGCAUCUUUGAUGUCGCCACUCUGGCGGUCAACACUCUGCCCUUUCAACAAGCGCACAGGCUUGUCAGGUACAUGAAUGCUGCACAUGCUGCAGGAUAUGUAGGACUCAGCGAAAUAUAUCCAAGCAAGUCCUACUUCAAACACAUCAACCAACACCUAGGAUUGCUCACAGAGGAGGAACAAGCCAGAUUGAAUGACAUCAACCUAGACAUGGGAGGAUCCUGUAACCGAGAAAUCAUUGUCUGGUGCAUUCGAGAAAUUCAAACAGCAAGGGCCAAAGGACUGCUAGAUCCGGAACUUGCCAAUCAAUUUCGAGAGCAGAUCCUCAAGCUGCGAGCCAGCCUUGGAAAACCAUACGAUGCCAAAGAUCUUCCCAUUCCCUUCUUUUACGUACAUUUCAUUUGCCUCUUGACAACCUUGUACUUGCCUCUAUUUGCCGUCACAUCCGCCAUGGAAGCAGGCACGGGAGAAGAAACACAUUGGUCGGCUGGAAUCAUCAAGGGACUCGUCGUACUCCUGCAAGCCAUUUUCGUCAUUGGGUUGCGUGUUCUGGGACAGAAAAUGAGUGAUCCAUACGGAGAUGACUUGAUAGAUUUGUCCGUCAUGUACUACGUACACUUUACAUGGACACAUUCCAAUCGCAUUCUAAAGAGCCACUUUCCAGAAGAAGCAUCCACACUGGUGGAAACGGAUCUCGUAGAACAGAGACCAGAGUCGGUCGGAAAAGCCUGGGAACCACAAAAGGAAACACAACAAUCCACUACCGGGACGGCCACUGCCACGGAUCACCACAGUGUCUUCACCACCAGCACUGACAGCUCCAACAUCUGCAGUAGGAUUAUCCGCAAUCCGCAAAUCAAGUCAUUUGUCUAG